CUAUUUACUGCUAUCUGCUUCCUUCUCAGGUACGGCCAAAUGACUGCUGGCAGCUACUGUUACAUAGGUCCUCAGGGAAUUGUUCAUGGCACCACUCUAACUGUGCUUAACGCUGGAAGGAAGUACUUAGGGUUGGAGAGUCUGGCUGGGCGGGUGUUGGUCACGUCAGGUCUGGGAGGCAUGAGUGGAGCUCAAGCUAAAGCUUCUGUCAUCUGUGGCUGUAUCGGCGUGGUGGCAGAGGUGAACAAGGAAGCCCUGAACAAGCGCUAUCAGCAAGGCUGGCUAGAGGAGUACACUGAUGACCUCGACGUAUUGAUCAAGAGAGUCCGUGAAGCUAGGGCAAAGAAGCAAGUAACGUCCAUCGGGUACCAGGGCAACGUGGUGGAGGUGUGGGAGAGGCUGGUGAAGGAGUACGAGACAACUGGAGAUCUUCUAGUUGACUUGGGGUCUGACCAGACCUCCUGCCACAACCCAUUCAGCGGCGGCUACUGUCCUGUUCAACUGACCUUCGAUGAAGCAGAACAGAUGUUGGCUAAAGAACCUGAGAAGUUCCGGCCGCUGGUGGAGGAGUCGCUGCGUCGACAGGUGGCCGCUAUUAACAAGCUAGCUGAUGCUGGACUCUUCUUCUGGGACUAUGGAAAUGCCUUCCUGCUGGAGGCGCGCCGUGCUGGGGCUGACGUGGGUUGCGCGAAGGGAGGAGACGAGAUCAAGUUCCGGUAUCCAAGUUAUGUCCAGGAUAUUAUGGGGGACAUCUUCUCCCUGGGCUUUGGUCCCUUCAGGUGGGUGUGCACGUCAGGUGAUCCUCAGGACCUGCAGAAGACAGACGAAUUAGCCUGCACCAUCCUGAAGGCCAUCUGUAACGAGGGCAUCUCCGAGAGGACCCGCCAGCAGUACCAGGACAACAUCGCAUGGAUCGAACAGGCAGGAAAGCACAAGCUGGUGGUGGGAAGCCAAGCCAGGAUCCUUUACUCUGAUCAAGUGGGUCGGGUGAGGAUAGCCCGAGCCUUCAACGAUGCUGUGAGGGCUGGAUUACUUAAGGCAGCCGUGGUGAUCAGCCGAGACCAUCACGAUGUUAGUGGGACGGACUCACCCUUCAGAGAAACCUCCAACGUGUACGACGGGUCAGCCUUCACAGCAGACAUGGCGGUUCAGAACUUCGUUGGUGAUGCGUUCCGAGGAGCCACCUGGGUAGCUCUCCACAAUGGUGGUGGUGUGGGUUGGGGUGAGGUAAUCAACGGAGGGUUUGGUCUGGUCCUGGAUGGUUCAGAAGAGGCACAGUACCGCGCCUCUCUCACACUCAACUGGGAUGUCUCCAACGGUGUCGCUAGAAGAGCGUGGAGUGGCAACGAGAACGCUGAAGCUACGAUCAUCCGCUCCAUGACCCUGGACCACAGACUCAAGGUCACCAUCCCACACCACGCUGACCCUACCCUGGUGGCCCAUGUUUUAGCCACCUACCAAUAGUGCCCUGACUAUACCCUGACUCCAGCCCGACCUUUUAACCACAGACGUCAUGGCACUGUUGUAAAAAUAGAGGGGCUGCUGACGGCGCCUUGAGGCGUUGAAAUAUAACAUACCUGAGUCAGGCACAGUGGCUGUAUGUUUUCUGUUAGCGGCGCUGAC